ACGAAAAGUAGGUCAGUGUAAACAUGAACCGCGCUCCGCCGUCCAUGUUACUCUGACUGUCUGUACAUGUGCCUUUUCUACCUUCAUAUUUUGUGCCUGGCCGCAAGUAUUCGGAGGUACAGCGUGGCGCUGAAGACUAGAACCUGGGCAAUUAAGCUUUGAGAAAGUUUUCGUGACAUGGUCUGGGAACGACACUCCUCAUGAACCUUUGUGAUGAACUCAUGGCAGACCAGAGGAUGGAUAUCUCCUCUACAAUGAAUGAGUUGAUGUCUCCAAGCUCCACUGAUCUCAUCAGCAGUUCCAUCAACAUGUCCUCCAUGGACUACACUCGCAAGAGGAAGGGCAGCACUGACUACCAGGACAGUAUGGAUAUGGACAAGGACAGACAAAUUGGAAGGGAUUGUAUGGAACAACAAGGCCGGAUAAAGAAUGCCAGGGAGGCUCACAGUCAGAUUGAGAAGCGACGCAGGGACAAAAUGAACAGCUUCAUUGAUGAGCUGGCUUCACUAGUGCCUACCUGCAACGCCAUGUCCCGCAAACUGGACAAACUGACUGUUUUGCGCAUGGCCGUCCAACACAUGAAAACAUUACGAGGUGCUGCAAACCCUUACACUGAAGUUAACUACAAACCAGCCUUUCUGUCAGAUGAUGAACUGAAACACCUGAUACUGAGGGCUGCUGAUGGCUUUCUCUUUGUGGUCGGCUGCGAUCGCGGAAAGAUUCUUUUCGUUUCCGAGUCUGUGUAUAAAAUCUUGAACUACAGCCAAAAUGACCUGAUUGGCCAGAGCUUGUUUGAUUAUUUGCAUCCUAAGGACAUUGCUAAAGUCAAGGAGCAGCUGUCCUCAUCUGACACAGUGCCAAGGGAGCGACUCAUUGAUGCCAAAACUGGACUGCCAGUUAAAACCGACAUCGCGCCAGGCCCGUCCAGGCUGUGCUCUGGUGCCCGACGCUCUUUCUUCUGCAGAAUGAAAAGUAACAGACCUCUCAUCAAAACAGAGGACAAGGACUUUGCCUCCACCUGCUCCAAAAAGAAAGCCGACCGCAAAAGCUUCUGCACCAUCCACAGCACGGGCUACCUAAAAAGCUGGCCACCCAUGCAGAAGGGCUUGGAUGAGGACAACGAGCCUGAUAACGAAGGCUGCAAUUUGAGCUGCCUGGUGGCCAUCGGCCGUCUGCACCCUCACAUCGUCCCUCAGCCAAUGAACGGAGAUAUCCGUGUCAAACCGACAGAAUACGUCUCGCGCCACGCCAUCGACGGCAAGUUUGUCUUUGUUGAUCAGAGGGCCACUGCCAUUCUUGCCUAUCUACCACAGGAACUGCUGGGGACAUCUUUCUAUGAAUAUUUUCAUCAGGAUGACAUCGGACACCUUGCUGAAUGCCACAGACAAGUCCUGCAGAUGCGAGAUAAAAUCCACACCAACUGUUACAAGUUUAAGGUUAAAGAUGGCUCCUUCAUCACUCUGAGAAGUCGCUGGUUCAGUUUCAUGAACCCUUGGACCAAGGAUGUCGAGUACAUCGUCGCAACGAACACAGUCGUCUCGAGUGGUACACGUGAUGGAGCCGAUCCCAGCUAUCUCCAGCUCACUGCCUCCCCCCAGAGCAUGGACAGUGUCCUCACAACCGAUGGUUCAGGGAAGCGUUCGCUGCAGACGGUGCCUGGUAUCCCAGGGGGCACGAGAGCCGGAGCGGGCAAGAUCGGCCGCAUGAUCGCAGAGGAGGUGAUGGAGAUCCAGAGGAUAAGAGGUUCGUCGCCCUCUAGCUGUAGCUCGAGCCCUCUGAACAUCACCAACAGCACACCCCCUCCAGACAUAUCAUCUCCUGGGGGCAAGAAGAUUCAGAAUGGUGGAACUCCAGACAUUGCUUCAGCAGGGAUGGGGUCAAGCCAGGACUCCAUAGGAUACCCUUACUCAAAUAACUCCAUUUUAAGCGAGAACUCUCACAUCAGCAUCGGGGACAUCAUGGACGAUCCCGGCUCCAGCAGCCCCAACAACGACGAGGCGGCCAUGGCCGUCAUCAUGAGUCUCCUGGAGGCUGACGCAGGACUCGGCGGACCCGUGGACUUCAGUGAUCUGCCAUGGCCUCUGUGAGAGGAGAGGAUGCCUCUCAGGUGAGGGAUUGGGACACAACCGUGGGAGCACAGCUCUCCUUCAUCAGUGUGUCCAUCAUCAAGCCAAGGUUUUCCCACACAGCCUCAUCCAGUAAUGAUAAGGAUUACUUGUUAUUCCGACAAAACACUUGCCAGGAAUACAAGUCAUCUUUCAGGAAUUUUCUCAGUAUACAGAGUGGACCACUGGAAUGAUCCACUUUUGGCUACAUGGCACAACUUUUUGUUGUAUUUCUGGCGCAUGUACGUGCAGAAAUCUCGAACGUACACUCACGUCCCACCUUAAUACGAACAUCUGCUAAUCGUGUCUCAGUAAUGUAAUGUAUAUAAAUCAUGUAGGUCAAAAGCUUCUGUUAAUAAUCAUGUCAAAUAUUAGAAUGGGGAAAAAUGUGAUCAUGUUGACCCUGGUGUUGUUCCUGGUAAGUCAGGCUCCUUACAGAAGCGUGAGAAACGGCUCUGCACAUGGAAACAUGCCUGAGUACACAUCGAGGUGUUCCUGUUAAAGAGUCCUGUGGGUAUAUGAGGUUUUUUCCACCCAAAAAAAUAUAAAAAAAUAAAUAUAU